UCUAAAGUACUAACUGGUGUGAAACUGAAACUGAAAGUGUUUUGUAAACAUGCACAUGUCCAUUUAGUUUAUUUGAUGUCAGAGAAUCCGUAGUUUCCAUAACUGCAGUGAAAAUGUCUGUCUGCAAAUUCUUUUUGGAAGGAAGGUGUAAAUUCGGCGACAAAUGUAGAUUUGAACAUCCAAGGGGGGGACAGAAUCAAGGAGUACAACGACAACUGUUUGGUGGGGGAGGUGGAGGAGGGAAUCGUGUGACCUUCCGGGACAGUUUUGGGUCGAGUCAGAACACAAGCCAGUACAAGUGGACAGCACAGGACAACAAACAACAAACAGGAAGCACUGCUAGUGCUGAUGUUAUCAAUGCUCUCCAGGCUGAGAUUGAAGUAUGGCUGCAAUCCAAACAAUGGCCUUUCUCCUGCAUCUCCCCCGAGAAGGAUCUCCCUUGCCUCCCAGACUUUGAAGACAUCUCUCCGGAGGAGCUGAGAUUCGAGGCCUAUGCAGCUAUCAAAGCAGGAAACAUCCAACCCUAUGUUGAAAAGGUUCGAUUGCUGUCAGCAGAUUACAACAACAAAAAGAAUCACCUUAAAAAUGCCAACCCAUCCCUCAAGCAGAAACUGAUGCAGUUUAUUGAAGAGCACCGGAACAAGAAAUCUCCAGGGGCACAGCCGUCAUCAUUUGUGGGCAACAGCACUUUUGGUGGAGGAGGAGGGUUUGGUGGUGGAGCUGGUGGCGUCUUCGGUGCUCCGUCUGGGAAGUCCAGCAAUUCUUUUGGGCAGUCAGCCAACUCCUCUAGUAUAUUUGGUGGUGGAUCAUCAUCUGGAUCAGGAAAUGUCUUCGGAAAACCCACAGCUUCCCCCUCGGCAGGUGGAAUGUUUGGUCAGAGUAGUGCUGGCUCCUCCUCAAUAUUUGGAUCAGCUCCCUUUGGUUCUAGUUCCAAUUCCUCAACAUCUGUUUUUGGUGGAGCAACAGGUGCAGGAACUACUUCCACAGGGGCGUUUGGUGGGUCGGGCAGAACGGGGGCGUUUACUGGCAACACACAGACUGCGCAAACUGGUGGGUUUGGUGGCAGUAGUGGUACUGGGUUUGGAUCUACUGGAGCUUUUGGCGCAGGGAGAACAGGGGGAGGAUUUGGGAGCAGUGCAACCACCGGUGCGUUUGGGAGUUCAGGUGCACCAUUUGCCAGUAGCUCAGCAGGUAGUGGUUUUGGUAGUGGGGCUACGACCUCCUCGGGUGCUUUUGGUGGUGGGGCUACUGCAACUUCAGGUGGUUUUGGUGGUGCUACAGCUGGUGGUGGCAUGUUUGGGGGAAGUGGAUUUAGUGCUCAACAAACUGGGACAUCAAGUUUUGGAGGAACCAGUGCAGGAGCAUCUGCUUUUGGUUCUACACAGCCAGCAAGUGGGGCAUUUGGCACUCCAACAACACAAUCUACUGUGCCACCUAGUGGAUUCUUUAGUAGUUCAGGGCAGACAACGCCCUCUGCACCAGUAUCUGCACCAACACCAACAAAUAACAAAAUAUAUACGCCGUUAGCAGACUUAACUGAGGAAGAAAAGGCUCAGUUUUCUGCACCAUCAUUUGUGCUGGGCAAAAUCCCAACCCGACCACCACCACAAGAACUUGUCAAUGGAACUGCGGGACGGUAACAUCUGUGUACUAGUGGUGGUCCGAUUAAUUGAAAUAAUCGAAGAUUGGUCAUAGUGACUAAACGACCAAGCAAUCGAUCAUAAUUUCUCAUAAUCGAACACAAACAAUUCUGGAA